UCCCCUGAGCAUGCGCAGUGGGCAGGCUUGCACCACCGCCCAUCAGCUGAAGCUAGCCGCGGUGGUCUGUGGGCCCCAGGGUGACAGUGGCUGGAGGAGAAGGAGAAGGAAGCCGAUGAGGUUAGGGUGACUCCUAGAAAACCACACAGCCCACUUGCAUCUGAUGAAAUCAGCCAGUCAGGCAACCGGCCAUGUCUUACACUCCAGGGAUUGGUGGGGAUCCUGCCCAGCUGGCACAGCGCAUCUCUUCUAACAUCCAAAAGAUCACACAAUGCUCUGUGGAAAUCCAAAGGACUCUGAAUCAACUUGGAACACCCCAAGACUCACAGGAACUGAGGCAGCAACUGCAGCAAAAGCAGCAAUAUACUAACCAACUUGCAAAAGAAACAGAUAAGUACAUCAAAGAGUUUGGAUCACUGCCCACCACCCCCAGUGAACAGCGUCAAAGAAAGAUACAGAAGGACAGAUUAGUGGCGGAAUUCACAACAUCGCUGACAAACUUUCAAAAGGCCCAGAGGCAAGCUGCUGAGAGAGAGAAAGAGUUUGUUGCUCGAGUGAGAGCCGGCUCCAGGGUAUCGGGUGGUUUUCCAGAAGACAGCUCGAAGGAAAAGAGUCUUGUGUCCUGGGAAAGUCAAACACAGCCUCAAGUGCAGGUCCAAGAUGAAGAGAUUACAGAGGAUGACCUCCGCCUUAUCCAUGAGAGAGAGUCUUCAAUCAGGCAGCUGGAAGCUGAUAUUAUGGACAUUAAUGAAAUCUUUAAAGACUUGGGCAUGAUGAUUCAUGAACAAGGAGAUGUGAUUGACAGCAUAGAAGCCAAUGUAGAAACUGCAGAGGUACACGUUCAACAGGCAAACCAGCAGCUGUCAAGAGCGGCAAAUUAUCAGCGCAAAUCCAGAAAAACGCUCUGCAUCAUCAUUUUUAUCCUCGUCCUCGGACUUGUGGUUAUCUGUCUCAUCAUAUGGGGACUGAAAGGCUGAGUGGUGAAGGAGAGGACCACUGCACGCAUGACGUCGUCUAGGUUCCGUAGGCAGACUCCCGAGGCCACUUUCUAUUGUUAUUUUAAGACUGCGGUGUAAAGGAUGGUCCCAUACUUUGUCAUUUUUAUUGGGGGCAGGAGAUUCUUUUGAAUUCUAUCUGAUAUUUUCUAAUACUGGAGGUUUUUCUAAGUACCAUUGCUGGUAUAGCGUCCAUACUUGUUAGUUCAAUGACUGUUGGGUUUUGUUCACAUUGUACAUGACUCUCAUUUAUAAUUUAUUUAUAUUAUUUGACUGAGCUUGGGGAAUUAUUUGAUUGAUGUGUGUACACCACUUAUACCUCUCUGACUGUGUAACAUGAACCCAGACUGUGCUGUCUUACUUUUAAAACUUCAAGUUUAAAUUUGAUUUGUCCAGCCAAUAUUCCCAAAAAACCAAACCUUAACAUACCUGUUUGUGGGAUGUGUUACCCCCUGCGGACCACAGCAGUGCAGAUCAUUGGUGAUCUUUCAUUAUUGGAUUGCUUUUGCCGUCUCUAAAUAGAAUCAGUGAACCAUUUCCCAAUGUGUAUAUGUGCAUUUGCUGUAGAUUGCAUAGAAAAGAUAGUAAGGAUAGAUUGACUUUAUAUAUGGUCUAUUUAAUUUGAUGUGUCCUGAAGAAAAUAUAGUUACUGUAAUGUUAGAUGUAACUUGGAGGAAGUGUCUGAAAAACCCAUACUGCUAUCUAUUCCAAUUUCUUCCUGCAUUGAGCAAUCUUCAUACUGCCUGGACCUGUGUUCUACAGAGCACUGAUUAGACAAGUAUCUUUGAGUCAUCACCACAAAGUAACCUUCCCAUGGUUACAGAUUUGGGACAUAAUUUGAACACAAGUUUGACACUUAAAUUUAGAGUUUAUUUAGAGUGCCAGUUUUUCCCCCACUUAAACUGGAAGCAUCUUUCUCGAUAGUGUAGGACAGUUACACACACAUACAAAGACAAAUACAAGACGAUGAAGCCCAUGGGCUAAUAAUCUUCACUCAUCAUCUCCUUCAGCACUAUCUGCCCCAACCUCGACAUCCGUUUUUUUAUCAUCCUUCAUUAGAAUAAGAAUCAGACAUCUGCCAAUGAACUCAUUUGCCUUUUUAAAUCAAUGUUUUAAUGCACUAAUCUGAAUGCUGUAAAAGGAGUUGUCUUAGUUUAACAUUUGUGUUUUAUGAUGGUCUUAUAUAGCAAUUUGCUAGUGAAGUCAUUGUUUAAUGUGGCAGGCUCUGAAACUUUUAAAUGGGAACAAGUGAAAUAGUAGCUAAGUAAUUGUAUCCUUGCAAGCAGAAUAAAGGUGAUUUCAGAGAUGUCUGCUAA